AUGGAGAGCGCUACUGACCCUUUGCUCUACGAGCUUGAUGCCCGUGGAGACAUAACGCUGACCUUGAACGAGUCAACUCUCGAAUACGAAGAUGAUGAAGACUUCUUCAUGGCACCCGCACUUCCCGCAUCCCCGUAUGAAAUACAAAGAAAGAGGAAGCGCGCUACCUUAGACCUUUCCAGGCGGCUCGAAGGAUUACCUGCUUCCAGCCCACUCGGCCUGAAUUUGACCAUGUACGGGGACGACCAGCCGGCGGAAGACCCGAUCUAUACCCAAGAGCCGCCAGCUAAGGGUGAUGAAGACAAAGAGAGUGUCAUCCAAGAGGACCAUGCAUCCAAGCCUCUUCCUAUCCGGUUUCUGGUGUCCUCCAAACAUCUCACACUGGCAUCUCCGUUGUUUGCGGCGAUGCUGAAACCGACUUGGGCAGAAGGAGCCGCUCUUUAUAGCCAAGGGACCGCAGUGAUACCUGCUCUCAGUAGCAGCCGGGAUAGCCUUCUGCUAUUUCUGAACGUUAUCCAUUGUCGCUCACGGCUUAUUCCUCAGUCUAUCGAUAUUGGCCAGCUAUGUGAAAUCGCCCAACUGGCUGAUUAUUACCAGUCCAACGAUGCCUUUCAAUUCCACUUCGAAACUUGGACUCAAAACAGCGGAAACCAGCCGAGCGAGCUGACCAGGGAUAGUGUUAGAUGGCUCUAUAUCUCGUGGGUACUCAAAAAGAGGGAUUUGUUUACAAGGGUUGCCCGGGUAUUGCACCGUGAGGCAAAGGCUCCGCUCCGGGUGUCCAAGCUGUCUAUCCCAGAUACAGUGAUAGGUGAAGUGAAACGCCCUGUAAUCUUUCCAUAUCAGUGCUGA